CUCUCGGUCAAUCAGUUUGUAUUUUGUAGCUCUUAAGGACACGCUGCGCGGUCAAUGAACAGCCCUGUGCUCUGAGGUCGACCAUGACCAGUGAAGUGACAUCAUGACUUUUCUGAACGAGUCCGAUGAGUCACCGCCCGCUCCCUCCUUCACUCUCUCCUUGGCCGAAAACAAUUUGUCUGUCUUCGUUUCUAAUGACCCCUUUUUGUCCAACACCGCAUCCUUGAUCACUUCGCCUAACUGCACCGUCCCUCCAUCACUGUCCUCUCCUCCGUACAACUUCUACGCUGUGCUACUGAUUCUGCUCAUUUUCUGCGUUGUCUUUGGGAAUGUGCUGGUGUGUGUGGCUGUUUCCAGGGAGCGGGCUCUACAGACCACCACCAACUACCUUAUCGUCUCCUUGGCUGUUUCUGACCUGCUGCUGGCCAUCCUGGUCAUGCCAUGGGGAGUCUACCUAGAGGUGGUGGGAGAGUGGCGCUUCAGCCUCAUUCACUGCGACAUCCUGCUCACUCUGGACGUCAUGAUGUGCACGGCCAGCAUCCUCAACCUGUGCGCUAUCAGCAUUGACAGAUACACAGCAGUAGCCAUGCCGCUGCUCUACAACACGCGCUACAGCUCCAGGAGGAGGGUGGCUGUGAUGAUUGCUGUUGUGUGGUUUCUGUCUUUUGCCAUCUCCUGCCCCUUGCUAUUUGGACUCAACAACACAGCCAGUCGAGAUGGCACCACAUGCAGCUUUGCAGACCCUGCCUUUGUGGUUUACUCGUCUGUCGCCUCCUUUUACGUUCCCUUUAUUGUCACGCUAUUGGUGUACGCUCAGAUCUGUGUGGUCCUACGUAAACGUGGUCGACGCACUGCUCCCCCGCGCAGGCACGGCCUCCAUGCAGCAGGUGGCCCUGAGGGGGCAGAACCACACAGGCAUCGGAAGAAUAAAUGUACACAGCCAGAAGAUGUUAAGCUCUGCACAUUGAUACUUAGACCAUCUACUGCCGCUGCGCCAAGAAAGAAAGUUACUCUGGUGAAAGAGGCUCUGGUCCACCCUCUGGAGUUGGAGCCUGGUCAGUUCUUGCCACAGACGGAACAGACUCUGAGUCCUCCAGUUGCUCCACAAACCUCUGGCCACGCUGGUCGUGCCAGGAUCUCUCUGUCCAUCUCAGUUGGCCCGUCUCCUGUCCUGCCCGCCACAGUGUCCCGCUCAGCUCUCAUGCCCCGUUCUGCCACCUUAGAAGACGGCAUGAGGGGCCGUGAGGGCUGUAGGGAAAGGAGCACGGGCAGAGACAAGUGGGGUCUCAAUAAAGACCGAGUGAGAGGAAGGCUUUCACAACAGAAAGAGCGCAAAGCCACACAGAUGCUCGCUAUUGUGCUUGGUGUUUUCAUCAUCUGCUGGCUGCCGUUCUUUCUGACCCAUGUACUUAAGGCUCACUGCUCCAGCUGCUGCAUCACUCCCUCACUGUACAGCGCUGUCACUUGGCUGGGAUAUCUCAACAGCGCUGUCAACCCUGUCAUCUACACCACUUUCAACAUUGAGUUUCGUAAGGCCUUCAUCAAAAUCCUCCACUGCUGAGAAACAAGAAGGAGAGGGCCAAAGAGGGAAUACUUUGUAGUUUAACAACAAACUUAAGAGGAAGAAGUAAAGAGACAGUAACGGCGGCUUAUAACACUGAAAAUGGAUGAUACAAUGACCAUGCAAGACUUGAACUGAGGGGGAUGAUGUACAGAAAUAAUAUUUGGCGACAACAAAAUGAUCAGAAUAAAGUGAAUGUGACU